AGGCCCAGGCAGCUGCCAGGGCCGAGGCCGAGCCGGGCCCAAGGUCACUGAGCCGGCGGCCCGCAAGAGGCGGGCUGGGUGGGGAUCCGCAGGCCUCCCCGGGCGCGCGCCCCCCCCCCUCGGCGGCGCGCACGGGGCCCGGGCGGCAGCAGCAGGUGGAGUCGGAGCCUCCGCGCAGCCGAGGCCGCGGCCACUGCCGACGUCGCCGCCAUUAGACAAUAGGAGCGGCGGCCCGGCGUGCGAGGAGGCGGGCGGCGGGAGGGGCGCCGGGCGCGCAGGAAGCGGGGCCCGGGGCGCGCCGGGGCCGGGCGCACGGGGAGGGGGCGCAGGAAGCGGUCGAGGCCGGGAGCGGGAGGCGGCGGCGGCGGCCCCGGGAGCUGCGGAUCAGCGCCGGGACAAAGGCGCGGCCGCCCGGCGCCCCGAGGCGCCGGAGCCGGGGCGCACAGCCGGGGCGCAGCCCGCGCCCCCCGCAGCGACUGACAUGAUGUUUCCACAAAGCAGGCAUUCGGGCUCGUCGCACCUACCCCAGCAACUCAAAUUCACGACCUCGGACUCCUGCGACCGCAUCAAAGAUGAGUUUCAGCUGCUGCAGGCUCAGUACCACAGCCUGAAGCUCGAAUGUGACAAGCUGGCCAGCGAGAAGUCGGAGAUGCAGCGUCAUUAUGUGAUGUACUACGAGAUGUCCUAUGGCUUGAACAUUGAGAUGCACAAGCAGGCUGAAAUUGUCAAGAGGCUGAAUGGGAUCUGUGCCCAGGUCCUCCCCUACCUUUCCCAAGAGCACCAACAGCAAGUCUUGGGAGCCAUCGAGAGAGCUAAGCAGGUCACGGCUCCAGAGCUGAACUCCAUCAUCCGACAGCUCCAAGCCCACCAGCUGUCUCAGCUGCAGGCUCUGGCCCUGCCCCUGACCCCACUGCCCGUGGGGCUACAGCCACCUUCCCUGCCGGCGGUCAGCGCGGGCACUGGCCUCCUCUCGCUGUCUGCGCUGGGCUCCCAGGCCCAUCUCUCCAAGGAAGACAAGAAUGGGCACGACGGUGACACUCACCAGGAGGAUGAUGGGGAGAAGUCGGAUUAGCUGGUGGCCGGGAUGGGGAGGGUGGGGGGACAAAGAGGAGACACAAGAUACAGAGAGAGAGGAAUGUUCACUGCAAGACAGUAUAGCUCGGGAUUGGCUAAACUCCGGUAGUAUUUAUAGUAGCUGCUGGGGCCUUUAGCCCUGCUUGUGUGCCACCCCCCACCCCCCAGCUUUGCUCUGGCUCCCAGCCUCCCUACUCCACCCCCCUGCGGCCUGAAUGGGUCAAUACCUGCUUGUACCACAGAUAAGGCAAGCUGAGGCCUGGAGAUGCAAAUGGGAGGUCAGGUCAGGAGGCAAAACCUCAAGAAGUCUAACACCCCCUGCACUUCCCCAUUUUGCACAUGUGUAACUGACAGUAUGCCUGCUGGGCCCCCAUAGGGCACAUCCCAGCCUCCCACCCUGGCACUGCAUGCAAACACAAUGCUAGCUGCCCCUUCCUGCCCUGGGCACCCCUGUCUCUCCCACUACCUCCCACCCACUCACCUCUGCUAGUUUCAGAUGCUCAUGCCCACCUGGUCCUCUCUCCUCUCCUCUCCUCGCCCACCAAGGAUGAAAGUUAAGCCAGGAUGAGCAGGGUGGGGGUGGGCAACCCGAGAUUCCCCUUCUCCUUUUCCCGAAUAAAGAUGAGGGUACUCAAGUUGUCUUGGUUUUUUUUUUUUUCUUUUUUCAGUAUACUAGCUUGUCUUUUAAGAAAGGGGAUAUUAAAAAAAAAAAAAAAAAAGACAAAAUGUUUAAAAAAAAAAAAAAGAGCAACACCCACACCUGUGUCUGUAUAUAGCCUUUUAGACUGUCAGCUUUUGUUGUGUUCAGUCGUUUGAACUCUGCAGAGAAGUGAAAAUGCUGUAUCGAGGGUGGGCUUAGCUGUGCCUUUCAAAUAAAGAUGUGAGAAGGUUG